AUGCCAGCAAAAGUGGUCGAACACCAGAAUACAGUAUUUCCAGAACUGAGGCUAGGAAAAUUAUUAAAGCAGCCUAGGAGAAGCUGCAUAUUUCCUAUACAAAUACGACAGGAAACCGCCUCUUAUGUGCCUUAUCGCACGCUCGCGAAUGGAAAACCCUUCGAAUUUACGGUGAUGUUUAAGAUAUCCUCUCUCCAGCAGAAUAAAUCCGAACCGUUAGACGACGCAGACAUUUGCCCCAGACUCAUUAAUCUGUCCAACAGCAUAAUAACAAACUGCACCAACAUCAUACCUAAGAAUCAAUACGUUAUUGCUUUUGUCCAAAUCGGACCAACUGAAGGCUCUGUUUACGAAGCCCAACUUCAGCUUAUGUUCCAGCUGAACACAAGGACCCCAAAUUCGUGCUCGUUCAAUGUGGUGCCCAAGACGAUCUCCAAGGGUUAUUAGGCGAAAUAUGGAAACAUACUUUGCUGGAAAACGAACUCUCAAACGAACAGGUGUUAAAAGAACUAGGUGUGAUCAAACUUUUACUCGUUAAGGCGUUGCUCGAAAUUUGUUAUAAAUAUAACCGUUACUUUUACCGUUAAUAUGUAGUUGACACAUUAGCAACAAAUGCUUGGUGUAAAUAAAGAAC